AUGGGAAUGUUCAACGCCCACAGUCCGACUCUGGAAAUUAUCACGCAUACAAUUGACUCCGGACUAGUUUCUACCUCUGACACUCCAUUUCAUGAUGGUGGUCAUUUUAAUCAGCCGACGUACUUUGGUUUCUCUCUUUAUACUGGUCGCCACGCCCUACCAACUAGGGGUGAGUUCAACUCUCAUCAUCUGCUCUCCCGACUCGCUUUGCUCACUCUGCACUUUCCCAACCUCAGACUCAUUUGGAGUGUGACUCCUUACUGUACAGCAGAAUUGUUCUCAGAAUUGAAGAUGGGCAGACUGGAACCAACAGUAGGAAAGCUCCCUCAGGUCUUAUCACUUUGGAUCUUUGUUAUAAUGCUUUCAAUUAACCUAGCCAAGCUACCUGAAGCUGCACUUUCUGAUAUUUUACUAUUAUCAAUAUUGCAUCUGAAUACGAUUUGCUGGCAGUUGAUGACAUGGAAUCAUCCUAUUUUCUACACAUUCCUGGGGCACGUGCGCUAA